AUUUAAGUUUUAGAUAAGAGUAAUCCGUGUCACACUAGAACUCAUCAUACAGACAAAACGUUGGCAUUGGACGUGUAAAGGUGCAAAGGAGACUGAGAAUUCUUCAAGCAGGUAUUCUCAACAGACAGAACCAAUAACAGAUUACCUACACAUAGAAACAUGUCCAGUGGGUGCCCUACCGCUGAGAGUCCAUUCCGUAAAUGGAAGCGUCCAGACCGUCCGAGUACCUGUACGUACCAAGAGGCCAAGUCGAUGAAGGAAUCGCCACACAGACACGUACCACUCGCCCCUCGCCCAAAAUUGAUGUCUACUGUUCUGGAGAACAUUGGAAAUACACCUCUAGUCCAGAUCAACAGAAUCGCACAGAAGGAGGGCAUCAAAUGUCGCCUGUUUGCGAAAUGUGAGUUUUUUAACGCGGGAGGCAGUGUAAAGGACAGGAUAGGCCUGAGGAUGGUGGAGGAUGCUGAGGCGCAGGGAAUCCUAAAACCAGGAGACGUCCUCAUAGAGCCCACCUCAGGAAAUACAGGUAUUGGGCUGGCCCUGGCUGCAGCUGUGAAGGGGUAUCGCUGUAUCAUCGUCAUGCCAGAGAAGAUGAGUAUGGAAAAGGUAGAUGUACUGAGGGCGUUGGGUGCAGAGAUUGUCAGGACACCAACAUCAGCAGCCUUUGAUUCUCCCGAGUCUCAUAUUGGGGUCGCUAAGCGACUGAUGGAAGAGAUCCCUAACUCCCACAUACUUGAUCAGUACAGUAACCCUAGUAACCCCCUGGCACACUUCGACGGUACAGGAGAGGAGAUACUCCAAUCCCUAGAUGACAAAGUUGACAUGGUUGUGAUGGGUACAGGAACAGGUGGAACACUGACGGGUAUCGCUAGGAAGAUCAAGUCUCGCUGUCCCAACUGUAAGAUAAUUGGUGUUGACCCUGAAGGAUCCAUUCUUGCUGAGCCUGAGGACCUCAACAAAACUGAUGUGACUUCGUACGAAGUUGAAGGCACCGGGUAUGACUUCAUACCUACUGUGUGUGACCGUGUGCUGGUAGACAAGUGGUACAAGACGAGGGACAAGGAAACGUUUAAGAUGUCGCGGCGCCUCAUCAGGGAGGAGGGACUUCUGUGUGGUGGAAGUUCUGGUGCUUCCAUGCACACAGCCAUUACGGCUAUCAAGGAGUUUGGACUGAAGGAAGGUCAGAGCUGCGUGGUCAUCCUCGCUGACUCCGUUCGUAACUACAUGACCAAGUUCCUAAGUGAUGAUUGGAUGAGCCAGAGAGAUUUCCUAGAAAGUGAGAAGAAAGUGUCGCCCCCUGAUGGCAAUGACAGGUGGUGGGACAUGAAUGUAAGUGCCUUAGCGCUAAGAGCUCCACUGACUGUGACCCCCACAGUCACAAUCCAGGACACGCUUGACUUGCUCAACAAGGAGGGAUUUGACCAGGUGCCAGUGGUCAGUGACACAGGCGAAAUCAUGGGGAUGGUAACCGUUGGCAACAUGAUGGCACAGGUUGUCAAGGCAAAGGUCAAACCCGCUGAGCCCAUUUCUCGAGUCAUGUACAAGCAAUUCAAGAAGGUGAAGAUGGACAUUUCCCUCGGUCAGCUGUCCCGGAUGUUGGACACGGACCACUUUGUCCUAGUGGUCCACGACCAGCGUCAGUAUGAAGGAACAAGUAAAAUGUCCAAGAAACAGAUGAUUUUCGGCAUAGCAACCAGGAUUGACCUUUUGAACUUCAUAACCAAGCAACAGACCCAGGACAAUGAAAUAUAAUUGAUAUGACAGACUCUGCAUGUUUACAGACUCUGUUGGUUUCAGUUUUGUUAGAAUCUUUGUACAAUCACUGGGUUAAUUUUACAUAAGUCGUUGGUUUUGUUAAAAAAAUGUAUCAAAAAGGGAAGGAUUUAAAAUGGUACAAGAAAUAUAUUUCGACAGCACACUUUCUUAACCCGACUCUCCAGUCUUGAGUUUUGUCUGACCUGGCCGCUAGAUUUGGUUCAGCGAUGACAACCUUAUAACAACUGUAACACGGCUGAAUCAUGUGAUCACACGGGUGUCAGGGUUAGACAGAGUUCACUGAGUAUGUGUGUACCACAGCGUGGUGUAAAAGUCGCUGUAUAACAGGUGUAUAUCAUGUGACCAUUUUCAUAUCCGACUCUUUAUCAACCCCAGACUUUGAACAGUUCAUUAUUAAACGUGUUAAAAAGGCCCCAAAACAAAGAGUUUGCUUUGAAAAUUGAUGAAAGCUUAAACCUAAAAAUGUUUCCUUUGAAAAGCCCCAAAAUAGACGAAAAGGCCCUGAAAUUUAACAAAGAUGUUUUGAAAGGGUCUCAAUGAGCUUGGAAUUCGACUGCACAAUAAGCUAUAAUUUUAUAUUAAUUUUGGGGUGUUAUUCUCAUAUAAACAUGAAUGAAGAAAAAACAAGAAAAUGAAAUGUUUGUUAUAUGAGUUAAUUUCGAGAAUUUUGGAAUAUCAACUAGUGUUAGGUUUUAGGGUUGUGUACUGUUGAUGAGUUUAGAGAAAUCUAUGAAUUUUGAAACUUUGCAAAUGGCAGGAAAUUUCGAGCCUUAUUUAAAACUGAAAAGGGCCUAAAACUGAAAAAAAUGAUUUAGACUGACAUUGUAAAACCUAAAUAUUUGUCUACUGAUUAACUCAUUCAACCCUGAAAUUUCAUAAUGAACUAUUCCAACCUUUGAAUUGGAAGAGUUAAAAUGUGCAUUCAGGGGUGAAUGAGUUAAAUGAUCAAGUCUAGUUUUAGUAAUUUUUAUCUCGCCGGUCCUUAGCUUUUGAUGUACCUCAUCUGACAUACCUUGUAUAGUAUAUACUAGGUGAGGUAUCAAAGUCCCUGGACAUAUUGUUUGGUGAUAAUACAUAUUUCUCCAUCUGUCGGUGAAGGUAGCUACCUGGUUGUGUGUAUUGUGAGUACGUACUGUGUAUUAGAAAGACAGUCCAUGACAUAAAUUGUAUUUAAAUUAAGUAAUUUAGGACACAGACAUGAGUCCUGGAAUCAUACUUUUCCUGUUGGACAUUGCGAAAACUCUUCACAGGCAAAUAUUGCAUCCGAUACAAGGUAUUGUCAGGUCAAUUUCAGAUCUAUUUCAGGUAAGACCUGAAAUAUUUUCAUGUGAAUUUUCAAUGUUAAUUUUAUCUGAAAUGGACAGUCACACUUUUUUCAGGUGAAAUUGACCUGAAAAUUUGACAUGAGGUUGACCUGAAUUGACAUUAAGAUAUUUGUUGUUGUAUAUCUCUUACUUAUUGGACACAUCAUCACCUGACAUAGCCCUGCAAUAAUUACUGUAAGCUGUAGUGCUGAGUUAUAGAGGAGGCUUACACCUACUGUCAGUAGUCACUUUUACAACUGAGGGCUACAAGACUAACACCUCAUAAAAAGUCACAAUAAAUAUCUAACAAUAUUGUCAGGAAGUAUAGAUUGCUUACUUUUUCUUUAGCAUACACAGCUUAAACAUUUUUAAUUCAUGUAUCUAUUUAAUUACAGAAUUUUUAUUUUGCUUAUAUUUUUUCUCAUGACAUUUUCGGGUUGCUUCUCUCUUGUUUAUACAUUAUGUAUAUUACAAAUGCCUAUUGGUGGGACUUAAUGCUACAUGGGUAGCCGUGUGUUUUGUACUAGAAACACGCUCUAAAAGUGGAAAUUCUCACUUAUGGCAAUGUUUGCAUUUUGACUAUUUGAACUGAUCACAGUGUGGAAAUAUUUAUGUUGGCAUCAGUUCUGUAAUCUAUAUACUGUAUACCAAUUUUUAAUUUCGUCCUAUACACCUAAUGUAUAUUAUAUUGUUUACUAUGUUUGUUGUAAGGCUAACAUUCUCCCUCAUUGCGGAGGGCAAAAAAAAGUUGGAGAUUAAACUGUAGCAAAAUAUUCACGGCUAACAAUAUCUAAAUCCUAUAUUGCCUUGUAUUUGCAUGUGGAUAUUUUUAUGCUCAUUUAUUCAACAUGAAAAAUGUGAGCAUUUACGCUUUCAAUUCAUGGCAAGUCUCUCGAGUGUACUUGCAUUAUCUUUCCUUUGAGAGACAAUAGUGAGUUAUCUCCCUUGCAGAUGGCGCUGCAACCAAUUGCAAAUUGGUCAUACAAACUUAAUGCUAACUGUAGAAUUACAAGUAUUGAAUCAAAUAAAACAUUCUAUAAAUAUCCAAAGCAUAUACAAUUUAUGAAAGGCAUUUAUAUGUUGUCCUUUUUUUUAAAUUCUGCUUGUUCCGCUGAUUAUUAUUUUAAAAAGCAUGCAAUGCCACUGUCAGCAUUAGAUUUGUAGAACCAAGCUGGUAGCAGUGCCAUCUAGUGACGAAGCAAGGGCGUUAACUCACUAAUGUCUCGCAUAAAUUCCUAUCAUCAUGCACCAUCGUUACAGCUUAGUAAGAAUCUCGUGUUAAUCCUGGGACUGUAAUGACCAGUUAUGUUCAUACAAAUCAUUUUAAUGAGAUUCUUUUAUAAUCGAUACCUUGAAUCAUUUUAGAUUUUUUUUCUUUUUCGUUUUGAUGAAAUCAUAUUUGUUUUAGAAUCUCUUGUUUUGAAUCUCAUUAAAGAAUAAAGUGCUUAGAUUGCUUAUUUGAUCUAUUUAUUUGACAUAUUUUUUAUGAGCUUCCGGUAUAUAUUUAAGACAUGUUUGGGUUAUGGGGGAAAUCAGAAUUAAUUUUGAAUAAACAUUGCGAGUGAUUUUAUUGGGUGAUUUUCAUACCUACAGCAUAGCAUUUGUUAAAACCCAUUUAGAACAAAAUAAUGUUUUGCAUAAAACAUAGCACACAAGUGCAUUCAAUUAUUUUUUUAAAGCACUAGAAAAAUCCAAACGGCACAUUAUAUUUGAAUAUAAUCAUACAUCUUUGAAGUUUUAUUAAAUUACAUAGGAAUACUGUUUUUUUAAGGACGUUAUCAUGAGUACAUUUGUAUAUUGAAAGUCAAACUGUCAAUGAUUAAAUUCAAUUUCCAAUAAUUCGGCCACGUAGGAUCAGAACUGAUAACGUUUGAACCAGUGUAAUUCAAUCUGCUGUAUAGAAUAGACUUACUGUAAAAUGGGAAGUUCUACCGUGUUGAAAUUUCCCAAUUUGCAGUAGCUCUGAAAUCUACUUUUUAGUCUGUGUAAUCUAGUAAUCUACUGUUUAAUCUGUGUAAUCUAGAAAUACAUAACUUUUUUUUUAAUUUGUGUGUAGAUAUUUCACACAAAUUUUCACAACCAGAAGAACAUGAGCACAGAUUAAACGUAAGGUGGAAUCAAAGUGCUAUACAGCACAGAUUAAACGUAAGGUGGAAUCGAAGUGCUAUACAGCACAGAUUAAAACGUAAGAUGGAAUCAAAGUGCUAUACAGCACAGAUUAAACAUAAGGUGGAAUUGAAGUGCUAUACAGCACAGAUUAAACGUAAGGUGGAAUCAAAGUGCUAUACAGCACA